AUGACCAGGCACUCUGGCUCCCACAGGACCUCCGUUCUGGCGGUACUUCUGUUUUCCCGCCUUAUUUGGAAUCCCACAGUGGGAGGGAACCGUGCGCGCCCAGACCCAGGGAGCCCAGCCUUGCAGCUUGAGGUGUACUUGAUUGUACCGCAGGAGAUAGGAAUUUGCUACCAAGCUGUUUCUUUGAGGUGGAGUGUCCUCUGUGAGGGGGCUUGCAGCUGCCCUUCCUAUGUACAUAAAUACAGUAUUUUCCAUGGUUCUGCCUGCGCUUUAUUUUAUAAUGCCAUGCUUGGGACUGGGAGGGGUCAGCACAUUCAGACAUUAUUUCCUUCUUGA